AUGUCUAAAGAGGAAAUAGCUGCUAAAAAAUCUGCUGUCGCAAAAGCACGGUUAGAGAGAAUCAAAAGUGAUCCAAUGUUGUUGGCUAAACACAAAGAGAAAGAAAGACUGAAAUAUAUUAAGAAGAAAGAGAAAGGACAGAGGAAAUUAGUUAAAGACAUGACCCUUCGAUAUUGUGCUCGCAGACGUAAGAAGCCUCUUACAGCAGCUGAAAAGCAGCGACGAUAUCGGGAAAGACUUAAAAAUAACCCUGAAAAGGAGGCAGAAAUUAAAAGAAAACAUCGUGAGAGAUACCAUAUGACCAAACGUUUAGUACGAGAUUUAACAAGACGUGAACAUCGUGCAAUGAAAGAGAAAUGGCGGUCAGCAGAUGGCUCAUACAAAAUGUUCCAUACCGGGAAAGGCAUAUCAGUACUGUUCGACAACUACUCGUACUCGUUCAAAGAGAAGGGGAAGAGUUUACUGGUCUGUUCGAGGAAGCGUAGUUGCGGUUGCGAAGCAAAAUAUGGUUCAUACAGAGUGAUCAAUGGCGGGAAAGGCAUAUCGGUACUGUUCGACAACUACUCUUAUUCGUUCAAAGAGAAGGGAAAAAGUAUACUGGUGUGUUCGAAGAAACGGAGUUGUGGUUGCGAAGCGAAAUGUGCAGAUUUUGCUGAAAUAAUAAAAUUAAGUGCUAAAAUCGUUGUCCUUCACAAAGGUUAUACUUACUCAAGACAAGGACGAAAUCAGAACUUAUACUAUUGUUCCAAAAAGUAUGUGAAAUGUUCUGCUAAGCUCAAGUUGUAUGAGAAAAAUACAGUUGUCGAAGGACCUGGUGAUCACGAUCACUAUCCACCUAAAAUUAUUAAGGCACCCGAUGUCACUUCUAAUAAGUUGGCUAUUGUUAUCAUAGGAGAGCCGGGGCGGAGACUGCUUUUAAAGGAACAAAAUUUAUUUCAUAAACAGCGUCCAGAUAUUGCUGAAAUUAUAAAAGUGGGCGGUAAAACCGUCGUCCUUUACAAAGGCUAUACUUACUCAAGACAAGGGCAAUCUCAGAACUUGGUCUAUUGUUCCAAAAAGAAUUCCAUGCAGUGUCCAGCUAAACUCAAGUUGGAUCCGAACGAUUUCGAAUUAGCAGUGGUGAACAAUAAGCAACUGAUGCUGUACCAACAAUACACAUACUCUAAAAGGGGUCCUUCUUUAAAAUACUGGUAUUGUUCAAAGAAACAGAGACAACAUUGCGGUGCUAAAGUCAAGUUGGACGACGCGAAGAGGAUAGUAUCUGUCGACAGCAAUCAUAACCAUCCUCCGCCAAAAUUCUAUAAACGAUGCGAUGAACACUACGAAAUGGUUUUAGUAAAUGGCAGGAAUCUAAUGAUGUACAAAGAUUACACUUACUCAAACCAUGGACCGUCAUUUCGCUACUGGUACUGUUCGAAGAAGAAAGCACCGCUGUAUUGUGGAGCUAAACUGAAACUAGACAACGAUAGACGCAUCGAAUCUGCCAUAACAACACAUAAUCACCCACCACCGAAGUUCUAUAAGACUAACAACGGCCAGUUGUUCAAACUAGACUGA